AAAAAUAAAAUAUAAUCUAAUAAAAUAAAAAUGAAGGGCUUGGAGGAAAUUUGAUAUAUGCAUAACGGUGGUUUUUAUGCGUGUUGUUCUAUGCUUGUCCAUUUGCCUCAACGCAUGGAUUGAAUCAUAUCCAAUCGGGAAUAUAACUGACAAAUCAUAUCCGUCAGCCCGCAGGAAUCAAUGAUUUUUUCGAUUUGAAGAGAGCGGGUUUCACAACCAUGGAAAUGAAUAAUGAGAAGUAUGCCGCUGAUAUUUCCUCAAUAAGAGAAGCACAUGUACGAAUCAGCUCAUUCAUACACAGAACUCCAGUUCUUUCUUCGGAAUCUCUGAAUUUUAUGGCUGGAAGGAAGUUAUUUUUCAAGUGUGAAUGUUUUCAGAAGGGUGGAGCUUUUAAAUUCAGAGGUGCAUGCAAUGCAAUAUUUUCACUUGAUGAUGAUAAAGCAGCUAAAGGGGUUGUAACUCAUAGCAGUGGUAACCAUGCUGCAGCUUUGUCCUUGGCUGCAAAAAUACGGGGGAUCCCAGCAUAUGUAGUUAUGCCAAAAAAUGCACCUAAGUGCAAAGUUGAGAAUGUCAUUCGCUACGGGGGCCAAGUUAUUUGGAGUGAGGCUACAAUGCAGUCAAGGGAGCAUAUGGCGACAAAGGUGCUGCAAGAAACUGGUGCUGUUCUUGUUCAUCCAUAUAAUGAUGGGCGCAUUAUAAGUGGGCAGGGAACCAUAUCUCUUGAGCUUUUGGAGCAGGCCCCUCAAAUAGACACUAUAAUAGUUCCAAUAAGUGGAGGUGGUUUGAUAUCAGGGGUGGCAUUGGCUGCCAAGUCCAUAAAUCCUGCCAUUCGAAUUUUGGCUGCUGAACCAAGGGGAGCCAAUGAUGCAGCUCAAUCCAAAGCAGCUGGAAGGAUUAUAACAUUGUCCCAGACCAACACCAUCGCUGACGGGCUUCGAGCUUUUCUAGGAAAUUUUACCUGGCCCAUAGUACGAGAUUUUGUUGAUGACAUAAUAACUGUGGAGGAUAAGGAGAUAAUAGAAGCUAUGAGACACUGUUAUGAAAUUCUGAAGGUUGCAGUGGAGCCUAGUGGAGCCAUUGGCCUGGCUGCUGUUUUAUCUGAUGAUUUCAGGAACAAUCCUGCGUGGAGGGACUGUAGUCAUGUUGGUAUUGUACUUUCAGGCGGCAAUGUUGAUCUGGGUGUGCUUUGGGAAUCAUUCAGUCCAUGAAAAUUAAGAUCUCUUUGUACCAAGGACAACGCCGGAAGGGCAAAAUAGUGAGAUGAUUAUAAGGUUCUCUCUGUAACACUCCCUCUCUAGAGUAUGAGGGAAAAAAAUCUUGAACAUGGAAUGAGUAAAAUUCAACAGUUUCGAAAA